GAAAAUAAAAUUCAUUUUCAUUUCCAUUUCAUUACUUUUCAUUUUUUUUUAUUUAAUUUAAUUUAAUUUAGUAUAUUUUUUUCUCUUCUCCAACAAGAUGAAAGGCAAAGAUACAGUAGUUGAUACGGAUGAUUCAAAAGCCCCACUUCUCCCGCUCCACGACCCGAUUCAUCGUUCAGAAAGCUCCGAAUCAUUCACCAGAUCCAUUUUCACGUUGAAGAACUUCUUCGUCCUGCUCGGCCCGCUACUGUGCGGCCUGAUUUGCCUCUGCGUCAACCUGAAUGGCGGCAAGGACACCAGCCGGAAUAUGCUGGCGGUGCUGGCCUGGGUGUUCACGUGGUGGCUCACGGAGGCGGUUCCGAUGCCGAUUACUUCCAUGGCGCCGCUCUUCCUCUUCCCUCUCUUCGGAAUCUCCUCCGCCGACGCCGUCGCCCACUCCUACAUGGAUGACGUCAUCUCUCUAGUCCUCGGCAGCUUCAUCCUCGCCCUCGCCGUCGAGCAUUACAACAUUCACCGGAGAUUGGCUCUCAACAUAACCCUGCUAUUCUGCGGCGAUCCGUUGAACCCACCGCUUCUCCUCCUCGGAAUAUGCGCCACCACGGCGUUCGUCAGCAUGUGGAUGCACAACGUGGCGGCGGCGGUGAUGAUGAUGCCUGUCGCCACCGGAAUUUUGCAGAGGCUGCCGGCGGCUGGACCGUCUCAGCCGGUUCUCGUAUCCAAGUUCUGCAAAGGGGUCCUCGGGGUUAUUUACUCUGCGGCGGUAGGAGGGAUGAGCACACUGACCGGGACAGGUGUCAACCUCAUAUUGGUCGGGAUGUGGAAGAGUUAUUUUCCCGAAGCCCGGCCCAUCAGCUUCAACACGUGGCUCUUCUUCGGUUUUCCUCUUGCAUUGUGUAUUUUCAUCGCUCUGUGGGCCAUACUUUGCUUGCUGUACUGCAGAAAGGGGUCCACUCAAGCCCUAUCUGCUUAUAUGGACAAAGCCCAUUUGAAGAGGGAGCUUGAUUUGUUAGGUCCAAUGGCUUUUGCUGAAAAGAUGGUACUUGCUAUAUUUUCGAUGUUAAUUGUGUUGUGGAUGACGAGGAAUCUAACAGAUGAGAUUCCUGGUUGGGGAUCUCUGUUCAACGACCGUGCUGGUGAUGGAACUGCUAGUGUUAUGAUGGCAACAUUGUUAUUCAUAAUCCCUAACAAGAAGCAAAGAGGGGAGAAGCUAAUGGAUUGGAACAAAUGCAAGAAGCUCCCGUGGAACAUCGUGCUCCUGUUAGGCGCCGGAUUCGCCAUCGCCGACGGCGUCCGCACGAGCGGACUGGCCGACGUGCUGUCGGAGAUGCUGGAGUUUUUGGAGAAGGCGCCGUACUGGGCAAUCGCCCCCGCCGUGUGCCUCGUAGGCGGCACCAUAACGGAGUUCACUUCCAACAACGCCACCACCACAUUGUUGAUCCCGCUUCUGAUCCAAAUCGCGCAGAACAUGCAUCUCCAUCCGCUCCUGCUUGUAAUCCCCGGCGCCAUCGGAUCUCAGUUCGCUUUUCUUUUGCCGACGGGGACUCCGUCGAAUAUUGUUGGAUUCACGACGGGGCAUAUUGAAAUUAACGAUAUGUUGAUCACCGGGGCUCCGCUCAAAAUUGCCGGAAUUUUGGUGCUAUCAAUUCUAAUGCCCACACUUGGAGCAUUUGUGUUUAGAACGGAUGAGCCACUACUCAAUUUCGGUGGUUAAUAAGAACUAGUGAAGGAGCCCAACCUUGUUUCAUUUUGUAAUAUAAUAUUCAAGUGCAUAUAAUAUUAUAAUUUUAUUU